AUGUUGGCCCAUUUAUACAGGGACUUACAUCAGGUGGUUUAUUUGGGAUACAACAAUCUAUCCGCAGGGGUCACACUGCUACAGGUAUGGGUGUGGGAGCAUAUUCCCAUUGCUAGGCCACUUGCAAACAGAGACAGGCCUGUGAGAUGCGCUUAUGCCUAUGGAUACAAGGGGAUAGUUGUCCAACGCAAGCUGGGCAUACUAGAGCAUUGGAGGCGAGUGCUAGAUGAUAUCGAUACGGUCGUCUCAAGACCAUAUAUGGAGUGUGAAGUGUGGGUAGAGGAUGGGAUGGAGAUGCCAUACGUCUAUAUGUCCAGAUAUCUGAUAGGGCGGAUGCCCUUUGUUAUAGAGAGAUUUCUUCACAGCCAGGUUCAUCGACAGUAUGGAUGCCAGCAGGGGAUUCCACAGGGAGUAUGCUUGUAUGCUCAACGGAGACAGGAUGUGUUGGAGUGGGGACCCACUAUUGAUAGCGCGAUGAUGUUAUCAGUGCAGCAUCUGCAGACACAGCUACUGGCGCAUCAAUGGCAGAUUACACAGCUGACCACUGAGCGGGAUACAACUUUGGAGUGGUUGAGUCGAGUUGAGGCUCGAGUAGAGACUUUUGACAUAGUGGCUGUGGGUGGUUCGAUGAGAGACACCCUGAGGGAGUUGGCUUAUACAGCCAAGGAGGCGGAGUAUUAUCAGAGGCAUUACGAGGAUGUGGUGCCCAGGGAGCGCAAAGUUCCUAGUUUCACGGCUAUGAGAUCCAGUCGAUCCAGGCAGACUGGGUCGAGGACAUAG